UCAGACCGUGGCAUGGCUGCGUUUCUUGCCUCGCUUCGAGUCUUCUCGCAUGUUAUCGGACCUGAAGAGUUCGACGACUAUCGUCAGAAUGGAGUACUCAGGUUCUUGCAUGUACCGACUCGCUUUCCACCAGCCCUGAGAGCAACCCAUAUCCUCAUAUAUGGCAAGACACUUGCGCGAAACGAGAGUGCUGCUCUCGUGCAGUGUAUUGCAGCUGUGAUGGAAGAAUUCAUACCUCCAAACAUCAUUUCGAAUGACAUACGGCGCGGCUUGGAGGGUGCGAGACUUGUCUUUGGGAUCGUAUUGUGCGGAGUUCGCGGCCCACCAAGUCGCCAACAUGAGAACACAGAUACCCAGGGUUCUGUUUUCCUUGUAUUACCGGCUACUAUACAUUCGAUGUGAGGGAUGCAAUGACAACGGAAGCAGUCACUGAUCCUAUUUUGGCCGACCUUGGCCUUCUCAACAAGAGUGUUUUCAACGCUUUUUCUGUCUCUGCGAUACUCAAACGACAGUCCUCAAUGCUACCUUAGGGGCUGCGGUCGGAAGGAUUUCACGCGACUCCGAGUGGCUCUGCUUUACGGUGAGGUGGCACCAGAGGCUUCCUAUUAUAAGGCCGACCUGCUAGGCGCGGCACUUGAGCAGUAUGCAACAACAGUACACUCUCAGUUUCUCGACCCCAAGAGCUUGUCCUCUGACGUCCUCUUUCUCGCAUCGCUCUGUGAAGAGACGAAGCUUGUGGUGAUCGCGCCGCGUCAGCUGUCCAAUGCCAAGGUUCCCAGUUUUGACGCUCGACCGACACGGAUACAUGGCCGUCUACACCGGAAGAGCUGCCUGCGCCGCGCCGGGCCAAGACCAUACAGUUUUCAAUCCAUUGACUGGUGUUGAGGAGAAUGUGUGGACGUCACGAUCAUUUCGCAAUGUCGGCUUGAUCACUUUCGGG